AUGUCGGAGUCUCGGUUGAUCAGCGCCGAAAUCAGGGUCCAAUCGCUUCGCCACACCACCUCCACACUCGAGCAUCGUCACCAACCUGCCCUCCGCCAUACCACAACCUCUCAACUCUGUGCUGAGCACAAUCCUUCGGCAAGAUGCCACCCAUACCAUCGGUGUGGCAUUGGCAUAGCUUGGUCGCAAGGCACGCCAAAAGCAUCAAAGCAGCGGCCAACCGCAUCGCCAAAGCCCUCGACAACCAGCUUGGUUCAGCACAGCAACCGACGCAGCAGCUCGAGACUGUCCUUGUCCGCAACACCCCGAAACAACCUCUUCACCCUCUUGCACGCAUCCGACAAAGCCAUUCGCGAUGGUUCUCCACUGGACGAGCUGGUGUCCGCCUUCCCGAAGUCGAGAGUCGCGACGACCAUCUCGCAAUCAGCCGGUCGAGCACCAUUCGCUUCUACACUCCGUCCCAACUUGACUGGAGGCACUCUCGGCCGGACAGCAGGCGGAUACGGCACUGGCUCAGGACGAGUCGGCGGGGCACGCUACUUCUCCCAUGGUCCAGCAAGCCAGGCGCAAGUCGUCCAGAACGUCUCGCAAGCCGUCCGAGCCUUCUUCACACAAGGCCACAAAGCGCAGUACGACGGCGUGAACACGAGAGGAGAGAAGCGCUACAAAGCCGUCUCAGCCCUUCAAGAAGAGACGGGCAAGAAGCUGAACGCCCUUCCCCGCGCAACUCCCGGCAGCCGUCUCGAAUUCGCCAUCAACCCCACCAUCACCGCCCUCACCUCCCUCAACGGCGUGGCUGGCUACAGCACCAGCGAGCAAGUCCAAGCCGACCACCUCAACACCUCCGGUCUCCUCGACGUCCUCUCCGUCGACUUCUCCCGCGCGCUCAAAGACCUCGCAGCGAUCUUGAACGAUCUGAAGCGACUGAGUGUCCUAGGCGACCUCCCCAUAACCUACGCCGGCUCAACCCUGCUUGUCCACUUCCCCGGCUGCGACGCCGAUACCGUCGACGGACUAUGCAACGAACUCGGCAUCACCCGCGGUGCCGUAGUCCAAGACGAGGACUUCGACGCCUUCACCGGCACCGAAAUCGCGCUUCUCUUCCCCUUCGCUCCAAGCGCCGAGGGCAGCUGCGAAGGCCAAGACCUGUUCGAGGAGGACGAGCCAGUGCAAUACUACCCCCAAUACACCGACAAGAAACCGCUUUUCGACUACCGGCAAGUCAUCUCGCUCUCCGAUAUGCUCACCCCAUCUUCCAAAGGGGCGUAUAGCACGCAAUCGGACUCUGGGCUCGACGAUGUGCUGCUCGUGGACGGAGAGCAGUACGCUUCCUCGCCAUCUGCGUUUGAAUCCGUGCGCUCGGGGAGUGAGAGUCUGAGUGCUGGGUCGAACAAGCAUGAUCCGCUGGAGUAUCAGGGAUUCGAGGGGAUUUACCGGUUUAUUGAGGAGUUGGACUCUGCGAGGAGGUAG